AUGGGUCCUCGAGGUAGAGGUCGUGCCGGAUUCCGCGGAGGAAGGGGCGGUCCUCGAGGGCGUGGUGGAAGAGGCGGUAGAGGUAGAGGCAGAGGGGGGAAUUUUGGUCGCUCAUCCCGGUUCGACACAGCUCGCGUUGAAGAGAAUGAGUCGUCGGGUUCUGAAUCUGGAGAGGACAUGCACUCCGAGGUUGAAGAGGAUUCUGACGUGUCCAUGUCUGAAGAUGAGGAUGAGGAUGAGCAGCCUCAAAAUACUCGUCCUUACAUGGCUCUUCUUCAAGGCUUUACUGAAUCUUCAGAGCCUAGCAGUAAGAGGAGGAAACUCGACAGUGGGAAGCCUGAAAGUACAGCCAACGCUGCUCCAGAGUCUUCAGAAGAAGAGGAUGAUGAGGAGGAGGGGGAGGCCGGUGGCAAAGAUGUGGACAGGGUUGAUGAAGCGGAAGAAGAUCCUUCAGCCGAUCUUGCAGAAGAAGAGGAUGAGAGCGAUGACGAGGAUGAUGUCGAUGCAACAGAUCCGUUCGACAACCACUUUGCAACUCCUGAUGAAGAUGCCUACACGAAGAAGGUCAAAGCCAUUCAGAAGAAUGGUUGGACGUUCAAGCGUACCAUGUCCAAGGUUUCAAAGGCUGUUGUCACAUAUCCUCAACAGGAAGCCUCAGACGCACCGUCAAUCCCUUCGCCAAUCUCAGGCUUGGAUAGCCUCAAGCUCAAGCAGAAGCUGAAGGAGUCAGCCUCGAAGAAGAUUGCUUCUCUAAACCCUCUGCAGCGGGCCAUGGCACCAGUAUUGUUCAACUACAACGAUAUUCUUUACGACAACCGGGACUUCAAGAACUCUGAGGGCUUACGCCAACUUGUGUGUUUACAUGCCGUAAACCAUGUGUUUAAGACCCGAGACCGAGUAAUCAAGAACAACUACAAGCUGGCAAAAGAGGAGAACUCUGAUCUUGAGUUCAGGGAUCAGGGAUUCACCCGGCCCAAGGUUCUGUUCAUCCUGCCAACAAGACAGUCUUGCCUAAAGAUGGUCAACACCAUUGAAGAGCUCUGCGAGCCCGACCAAAGGGAGAACAGAAAACGCUUUGAAGAGGCCUAUACAGAUGACGAAGUUAAGUUCGGUGAUGACAAGCCUGCAGACUUCAGAGACCUGUUUGAAGGGAAUGACGACGACAUGUUUCGUAUCGGAAUGAAGUUCACUCGUAAGACUGUCAAAUACUUUGCGCAGUUUUACAACUCCGAUAUCCUCUUCGCCAGUCCUCUGGGUCUCCGCAUGGCUAUCGGCUCUGAAGAAGACAAGAAGAAGAUGGACUACGACUUUCUCAGCUCUAUCGAGAUGGUUGUGGUUGAUCAGGCUGAUGCCCAGCUCAUGCAGAAUUGGGAGCAUGUCGAGUAUAUCUUCGAGCACAUGAACCUUCAGCCCAAGGACGCCCACGGCUGCGACUUCAGUCGAGUGCGCAGCUGGUACCUUGACGACUGGGCGAAGUAUUUCCGUCAGACCGUAAUCAUCUCUGGCUUCAACACACCCGAACUGACGGAGCUCUUCCGUACCCAAUGCCACAAUUGGGCAGGCAAGAUUCGGUUCCAGGCGGACUACUCCGGCGUCCUCCAACAACUCGGCGUCAAGGCUCGGCAGACCUUCUCGCGAUUUGAGGCCAAGUCCAUUGAAAAGGAGCCAGAUGCUCGUUUCGGAUAUUUCGUCUCUGCUAUUCUGCCUUCCCUCAUCAAGCGCGCCAGGGAUACCAGUGGCACUCUUAUCUUCAUCCCUUCCUAUCUUGAUUUCGUUCGAGUACGAAACUAUUUUGCAACGAAUCCUGCUGUCGCAGGUCUCUCCUUCGGCACCAUCUCCGAGUAUGCUGAGGUCCCCGAGGCAUCUCGCGCACGGUCUCACUUCCUGACCGGCCGGCACAAGGUGCUGCUCUACACGGAGCGUGCCCAUCACUUCCGGCGCUAUGCGCUCCGCGGCGUCCAGCGUGUCAUCAUGUACGGCCUACCAGACAACCCUAUCUUCUACCGCGAGAUUGCAGGCGAUUAUCUCGCCCGUAGCGAGCAGGACCUUAAGUUGGAGCCCGGGCAAGGUACCGUCAGGGCUAUGUUCUCCAAGUACGACGUCAUGAGAUUGGAGCGCAUCGUCGGUACCCAGCGUGUGGGCAAGAUGAUCCAGGAGAAGGGGGAUACUUUCGACUUUUUGUAG